AUGGUCUGGGCAAGAUGCUACGACGCAUUCGCGGCACAUGAGAUUGAGCAGCUCAGCUGCAUUGAGUAUAGGCUUACACAGGACAUAAGAGUUGCUCUCAAAUGCAACUCGCUCAUCGCAACCAAUUAUGUUGUCGGCGAGCCUCGGAUCGAAGAGAUUCUAUCUCGCGGAUUAUGCUAUGCGCGGAAGAUUAUGGACGCCUCCGACAACCCCGAGGAGAUGGUUCAGCUCCUACCCACAGAUCCUAGGCAUCCUGAACUACCUCUCAACAGGGAAGAGUUCGUGUACCGAUACACGGAAUUGUUUCGGCCACUUCCUCCGUCGGAGGUGGGCAGAAACAUCAAGCUUCGUGACUACCCUCAACAAGUCAAGGCAGCGUUCUUGCGCCGUUUCCUGCGGUCCUCACGCUUCCCUGACCAAGAUACGGGACCGCCAAAGAUUUUUCUAUAUGUCCAUGAAGGGAAAAGCCUUGCAGAGGGGAGGUCGCGAUUCCAUGAUGCGGAAUUCUGGGUGUGGGGGUAUGUCUUCUGGGACCAUGCGCGGCUGGCAAGGUUGGGCGUUUUCUCCAAGCCAGAAGCGAAUCCAGAAGAUGAAGCUCUCUUGAGGUGGGAUGUCAGAGAGACUAUCCAGUGCUUGAACGAAACAAGGAGCGGCUGA